AGGUGACCCAGCUGGCGUCCCAAGAUGGCGGCGUCGGUGGCGCCCGGUAGGCCAAGGCGGUGUCCGGGCUGUUGAGGUGACUCCGCGGGACAAGUGACGGGUCGGCCGGACCGAAGGGCGGCGGCGGACACACGGCCGCCCGGAGUGCGCAGCAGGGACUUGGCGAGGCAGCGGCGCCGGGGGAUGCUGGUGCUGGGCCGGGCCUCUCCCUCCUCAACUUAGGGCGGCGGCGGGCCCGCACCCCUGGUUCCCGGGCCAUGGCGCUGAGGGAACUUAAAGUGUGCCUACUUGGGGACACGGGUGUGGGUAAAUCAAGCAUCGUGUGGCGGUUUGUGGAAGACAGCUUUGACCCGAAUAUCAAUCCAACCAUAGGGGCAUCUUUUAUGACCAAGACUGUCCAGUACCAAAAUGAGCUACAUAAAUUCCUAAUCUGGGAUACAGCUGGACAAGAACGAUUCCGCGCGUUGGCACCCAUGUACUACCGAGGGUCAGCAGCAGCCAUCAUCGUCUAUGACAUCACAAAAGAAGAGACGUUCUCAACUUUGAAGAACUGGGUGAGAGAGCUCCGUCAGCACGGCCCCCCUAGCAUUGUUGUUGCCAUUGCAGGGAACAAGUGCGAUCUUACUGAUGUCAGAGAAGUCAUGGAGAGAGAUGCCAAGGACUACGCCGAUUCCAUUCAUGCCAUCUUUGUAGAAACCAGCGCAAAAAAUGCAAUAAACAUAAAUGAACUCUUUAUAGAAAUUAGUCGAAGACUUCCAUCCACUGACGCCAGCCCGGCAUCUGGCGGCAAGGGCUUCAAACUCCGAAGACAGCCGUCGGAGCCAAAGCGUAGCUGCUGCUGACCACCCAGGGCCUGACCUGGACGAAGAAGCGGGUGGACCUGGAUGCUGCAGGAGAGCCGUGCCCUGCCACUGCCUCUGCCGCCCGCCGCCUCAUGCUCUUUAUGCAAUAAGGACUCAGAGAACCGUCUGUGUGGUUCUCUUGGAAGACUGCAGCAGGUGUCUCUGUCUGCAGACUAUGACGGUGGACUCCGGCUGGCAUGCAGAGGGACCAUGCUCGUCCCCGGCUGUUUACCUAGCUGGAAGGAGCGUCUGAUGCCUGGGUGGUAGGACUGCAAUGCUGGGGCUUUGGUAAUCAGGAUUCAUGUAUCAUUGUAAAGGGAAACAAGCACUUUCACGGAUCUUAAGGGAAAGGCUUAGAGAUGGUCGUCUCCUUGGUCCUCAUCUCUAGUGUCAGAGUCGUGUCAUUUAGCUGUGGGAAGUGAUCACAAGUAGAUGGGUGGAUGUCCCUGGGACAGUUCUCACCGUCUCUAAAGCACUUUGACGCACAGUAGACUCACGCAGGCCGCCAUUGCUGCGGCUGCUGGUUCACCUUUGGUUUGCUUCUGACCCUGUAUGUGUCAGAGCCCGCCGUGCACAUUAGCUCUGGCCACCUUUCUACAUAAGCUCUCCUGGUCCAGGCCAUGGGGUGGACAGGCUGCCUGGAGCCAGCAGAGUUGCAUGUACCUAAACUGAUGAGCAGUGGUUUAUAAAGAAGAGGAGAGGACAGGACAAAGCAAAUGAGUCUUUUGGUGGGAUGGGUUUUGUUUCUGGUUUUUGCCCAGUUUGUUUUGGUGGGAAAAACAACUGUGCUGCCUGGCAUAUGUAAAUUUGUAGUCUAUAUUUAUGAUACCAUUGCUUAAAAUUAUAAAUUAUGUAAAUACAUUAAUAACUUCUGAGUUCCCUUCAGUACUCAUUUAGUCCUGUGCCCAGUCUCCUGUGUGCCCACCCGUUUUUCAGCCUAUCCCACAGGAAACUCUGAAGCCCCAUUUACCUUGUGUAGAAGAAGCAUGGAGCACUUAGCUCGAAGCUUCCUUCCUCCUCCCCUCACCGUCUGCAUCCCAUCUGGAAAUGGUAAUAAAGACAUAUGCCUUCCUGACAAGCCUGACUAGUCCUUCCUGCCUGGGGCCAGAGUGAGCCCAGCACCCGUCCGUCCCUCCGUCAUGCACCUAGGGCCAGAGUGAGCCUCUCUUAGCUCCUCCAGAGAGCUUGGACCAACUGUUUUAAGAGUGCUUUGCUUAUUAACAGCCCGGCUCACCCUCCCUCCUUUAUUUUCUCUUGCUUCUGUUAGUACUGCACACUCUUUUCCCUCAGGAGCCUGAUGAGGGUUUAAUAUAAUCUAAAAUAAAGCAGCCAAGUGAAGCUGCUGGAGAUCUGUUCCUGGCCUGAUUUGGCUCCCUUCCAGCCCGCGUAUUGUAAGGGAAGGACAUUUACAAGAUUAAAUAGGAAAUGAAACAGCUUGAAUUUCAAACCAAAUUGUGUUUUCAGAGCUGUCCUUAACUGAACAGUCAAAACUUUUAAAAACAAUUGUUACUAGUUUAUGCCCCUUCCCCAUAUGCGUAAAAUGGAGACGGUUUAACAGAGUGGCAACCCAGGUGACACUAGACCUGAGCGAGGCCUUGUAACCAUCUCAAGUUGCCUAUCAUUACCAAAGUCAGACUUUGGCUCAUGUGGACAAGGCUGCCCUCUGCGCAUCCAAUGGCUGCUCUCUUCUGCAGCUCCUGGCCCCUACUGCCUUCCCUCAUGUGUCACACAAAGGGAAUGACUGGCCACGGCUUCUUGUCUAUUUGACAGGAUGAGAAGCAUAGACUCUGUGUUCAUGUCUUCCGCACCCUCUCUGUCACCAGCCUUCUCUAGAAACAGGGUUGUCCUGCUUAUGAUACUGUGCUGUAGUCAGUGACAGCAGACUUUCGUCAGGGUGAGCACAGGGAGCGUCCUAUUCGGUGAGCGUCACUCCCUCCUCUUCCCCCCCCUCCUCCUCCCCUCUUCCUCCCCCCUUCCUCCUCUCCCCCUCCUCCUCCUUCAGAAUGCAUAUGAAAAUGCACUCACAGUGCUUUUUGACCACAUUUUAGAUGAAGCAGGAAUCUAUUAUACAUUCCUUAUUUCCCUGGCUGUUUCUUAAGAGAAAUAGCCUCACUCCAAAGGCGUCAAGACAUGGCCCCUCCCUAAAAAUCUUUGGUUCCCUUGUGACGCAGGGCCAUUUUUUAAAACUUUGAAGAAUGAACGGAAGGGAAGCUCUUUAAUUAACUGCCGGUGUGUAUUGAUCUCUCUCAGAGGAGCUGGAAUAAGCCCCUCGCAGGUGUCCGGUCCGAGGAACCACUGUCUCUCCACGUCUCCCUCUACAUAAGUGUUUUUCUGAUUCCGCGAUAACUAAUUAACCAUCAUUUGGUGAUUAAAGGAACAUAGUGGGAGAGCCUGAUUAAGUGUCCUUCAGUGUAAACUCUGAGAAGUGAUUGGGAGGAGUACCUACUACAAGCCCUUCUGCCUCCCAGUGAAACGCCGUCCGUCCGUCCGCCGCCCGCCUGUCAGCUGCCUCCAAGACAAGUGCUGGACAUGGGAGCUGAGAGCUUUAUUCCUCUUAAAACAACCCAGUCCUUGCUCCCAUCGAUGAUGGCGUUUGAAGUGUCCGCCUCCUCUCAUUGUGCUCCUGUCCCUUAACUGCCUACCCAGGUCAGAGCUUGAGAUUUUCUUAUGAGAGGCUUGACUACUUGAAGAGGCCGGCAUCCUUGUUGAGAUUAGCUGCCCUGUGGAAUUUUUAAUAGAUGAAAGGGAGGGAGGGAGCCUUUAAUUUUAGGACUUCUCUGUAAGUCUCAUAUGUAUUCCUUGUCUCCAGGAGGAAAAUAGGUUCGGGGUCUUUCUAAAGCUCUAAGAGACAGAGUACUGAAGAUGUUUUGUAGUAAGUAGCUGUCUCUUGGCACCCCGGGCUGCCAGACCAGAGGGCCUGGUGCUAUAUUUCAAGGGUUCCAUGUUUGGAUGGGUGGGUUUGGUUUGGGGUACACUGCAUGCCAGCACAUCAGCCUCCACAUCCCAGAAGGCAACGGUUCAUUGCCUUCUGUCUCUUUCUGCUGCAAAGACAUUGAUGGGGCACAGCUCAGCAUGUCUUCAUACACAUCCUUUCAGAAUCCACAGAGACCCCCGUGUGUCUGUAAGACCCUGCAGGAGUCAGGAAAGAAGCCUUACCUGGGACCCCUAAGCCAACCUGCAACCUGCUUCAGAACAUGGCUGCCAAAGAGGCUGGCUUUUAUCAUUAAACUUAGCAGGCUGUCACCUUGACCAGUGAGCACAGAAUGACCGUGGGAGCUAGCUCCCGGAAGUCUUCACUUAAACUUGUUCUGAAGGGACAAGCAACAUACUCAUCAGUUGUUUGAUUUCAAGACAUGUUCCACCUCUUAACAGCUCAUCUGUUUCUAAGGAAUAAAUGGGGUGUACCUUCAGGAUUCAAGGUGUCAACUACAUCUUGCUUGGUCUCCUUGACUUCUCAAAAAAAAGGCCAAUGAUGCCAAACAUUGGGGUUGGCAUCUGCUAUGAAGGCUGGUAACACAUGUUCCAUCCCUGGGUCCUAUGUAAUGGAAGGAGAAGAAUUCCACAGGUCGUCCUCUGAUACACACACACACACACACACACACACACACACACACACACCCCACCACACCACAUCAGUAAAUGUCAUAGUUUUUAAAAAAAGUAUUCUGAACAUCAGAGCAGGGAGAGCAUAAACAGAGCACCAUGCAGCUUUAGAAAAGGAGGGUCAGAUAGAAUUUAGCCCGAGACUCAGAGGGAUGACCUCAGUGAAUUUCCCGUGGCAGCAGAAAGGCUUGUCUCGACUUCCAGUAAUAGAAAACCGGGCAAUUUGAUUAUCUGAUUUUCGAGAAAUGUUAAUGGAGUUCCAGGGCAUUUGUCCUGUUUUAUGUGCAAAUGAAAAUCUAAAAAAUAUUAGAAGGACACACACCACAGUCCUCAGGAGCCUCCCUACCACAUCUUGGAAGGUGACAAGCGAGGGGCCUGCCGAGACAAGGUUCCUUAGAUGUGCUGCAAAGGGCGGGUGGAUAGAGCUUGGGAUGACCAAGUUUCUCCUCGUCCUUCAGGGUGCUCUUAGCAGGGAGGAGAGUGAUUUACUCUCUGGAGCUAGGACUUCCACCAGCAUGCAUCACAUUUAAUUUGAUGGUCUGUACUAUCAGAAAUAACUAAUAUCUGUGUUCUUUCCUCUCGGAGAGCAAUCAAUUAUAGAUGUGCUAGAAUAUUUUGGCUUCAAAACAAAAGGAUUCAGAAGUUUAAUAAUGAUAAAAAAAAAAAGUCCCAGGCCUUCCAUCGGUGCCUUUUAUUAUGUUGAACAUUUUUGAUAGCAAGAUUAGACCAUAUAAAUAGUAGACGGUGAGAUUAAAAUCAUAAUGUCUAACAAACUUAAGAAAAAAUGUUUUAAUUUGCUGUGAGUUCAUUUUAUGGUGCCCAGUGCCUCAUCAAAAUGCUUCAUAAUUACAACAAGCAAAAACCCGGGUAGCUCUCCACAGACAGGCCUUAAGUGCCAAGCUCUAUCUGCCAAUUAAUGGAGAGUCCUAAGACAGCAAUGAUUUUUUUUAAAGAGCCUCCUUUAAUUGACAGUUUUCAACUACGGGUCUUAAUGUCCUCCUUAAUCGCACAGUAGAAGCAGCCCGCUGGCUCCGGCAUGCGGCCUCUCGACCAGGAACUUUCCAGGGUCUGGAAGCAGGUUGUUUACCACGGUCUGUUGGAGGGAAUCGUCUUUAAAAUAGCACAUUGCACACGGGGCCCAUGGUCUUUACUCAGAACUAGCAUCGCCAAAGAGGCCCCAAGUGUCAAACAACGGCAAGCUGUGUGCUCUCUCCACUGCUCCAUGAAGCAGGACUUGUGCUCCCCUCCUUCAGGCUGUGGUCAGGCCUGCCCACAACACUGUUUGCCUUGAGGACUAAUCCUAACAUCGCUGGGCCAUCAUUAUCACUUGGCAUUUAUACCGAAGUAAUCCAUUUCCCCCCCCCUCGGAAAAGGCUGGAAUUCCAUCCCCUCUCCCCCUCAACCCCCACCCCUAUUUGAAGUUUACUGCAUGGUGCAUGAAAGUCUCUCAACUUGGGUCACGCCCAUGACAUGACCAAGACGAACCAGUCAGCGUGGUAGGUGAGGAUGAUUGGCAGCUGGGUAGUCAGAGCCGCUGACUGGAGCUCUAUUUUUAAAGCCAUUUGUUAGGCCGUCAUAGCCAGAGCUUUAUUGCCCUGGGAAGGAUCCUUUUUUUCUUUUUAACUCACCCCACUCAGUCUCUCCAUCAUCUUACAUCGUGAGUCACACACACCAUCAUCAAUCACCACCCUGACCUUCAGAAAUUACCGCCUGCCUUCCACAGGAUUGGUGGGGAAUUCUCCCUCAGGCCCCAGCCACCUCGGCACGCGUGACGCACCCUUCUCUCAGGGGCAAAGAGCCCCCAGGACUUGUAGAAGGGCAGUGGGCAGCAUUGAGCCGGAGAGGUAGACAGUGACCACACUGACAGAAUGUGAUCGGUUGCUAGUGAUAGGAGGACGGGCUUGAAGGGUCAGAACUCCACGGAGUCUAUAAGAGAGCACUUGUCAGAGAGUUUAAAAGUCCAAUUCAGAUAUCUAGAUAGAAAAGACAUUCUAAGCCCUUGUACCAGCAAUCCUUUUUUUUCCCCCUCCCAAGAGUGCCAUCCCUCGUCAAGACCCAACGCCGGGAGUAAGUGACCGGUGCCUUUCACAACAGCAUCUAUGUGGAAAUGGAGUUGCCCCUGGUUUCCCAAGCCUGGCAGCACUCUAAACCGCCUGAACUGAAAGCCGCCGCGGCUUCACAGUGCUGACAUACUGCCUGCUUACCUACAUGUAACUCAGUCCUGGGAUGAGGACUUGCCAAGCCUGUAUAGAUGCUCGAUGACCAUUUUUGCAGUCCGACCUUGGGCAGGACCUAAGUCUAUGUAAACCGUGUGAUAUCCGUUUUGUUUGUAAAUGCGGAGAAAAGAAAACUCGGCUGUUUGCUCUUUGUUGUAAGAUUUCUCUUUUGUGCACUUCUGUUUGCAGACAGUAGGUCUGGCACACUCUGGAAGAGUGUUUCUUCAGCGUGACUCUGCUCGUACGCUCUCAUAGAGUGUGCAUGCUCUGUCACUAAAAAACUCAUAUGAAGAAUGGCAUGUGAACAUUUUGCUAAUAAAAUGCUACGUUUACAGA